AUGAGCGGCCCGGCCGCCUGCGUGCGCAUCUCGGGCUGCCGGGCCCUGGCGCCCGGGGGCAGCAACAGCAGCGCCAGGUCGCUGGAGCGGCUCUACCCCGCGGUGGGCUCCGCCAAGCCGCCCCGCAAGAGGACCACGAGCCAGUGCAAGUCGGAGCCGCCGCUGCUGCGCACCAGCAAAAGGACCAUCUACACGGCGGGCCGCCCGCCCUGGUACAACGAGCACGGCACCCAGUCCAAGGAGGCCUUCGUGAUAGGCCUGGGAGGAGGCAGCGCCUCGGGGAAGACGACAGUGGCCACGAUGAUCAUUGAGGCUCUGGAUGUGCCCUGGGUGGUCCUGCUCUCCAUGGACUCCUUCUACAAGGUCCUGACCAAGCAGCAGCAAGAGCAGGCAGCCAGCAACGACUUCAACUUCGACCACCCCGACGCCUUUGACUUCGACCUGAUCAUCGCCACGCUGAAGAAGCUGAAGCAAGGCAAGAGUGUGAAGAUCCCCAUCUACGACUUCACCACGCACAGCCGGAAGAAGGAAUGGAAAACCUUAUAUGGAGCCAAUGUGAUUAUUUUUGAAGGCAUCAUGGCAUUCGCAGACAAGGAGCUCCUGAAGCUCCUUGACCUGAAGAUAUUCGUGGACACGGACUCGGACAUCCGCUUGGUGCGGCGCCUGCGCAGGGACAUCAGCGAGCGCGGGCGCGACAUCGAGGGCGUCAUCAAGCAGUACAACAAGUUUGUGAAACCCGCCUUYGACCAGUACAUCCAGCCCACCAUGCGGCUGGCCGACAUCGUCGUGCCCCGAGGGAGCGGAAACAGGGUGGCCAUUGAGCUCAUUGUGCAGCACGUCCACAGCCAGCUGGAGGAGCGUGAACUCAGUGUCAGGGCCGCGCUGGCCUCUGCCCACCAGUGCCACCCGCUGCCGCAGACGCUGAGCGUGCUGAAGAGCACCCCUCAGGUGAGGGGCAUGCACACCAUCAUCAGAAACAAGGAGACCAGCAGGGACGAGUUCAUCUUCUACUCCAAGCGGCUCAUGCGGCUGCUCAUCGAGCACGCGCUCUCAUUCCUCCCGUUCCAGAGUUGCACAGUCCAGACUCCUCAGGGCCAGGACUACGAAGGGAGGACGUACAGCGGGAAGCAAAUCACCGGCGUGUCCAUCCUGCGCGCGGGCGAGACCAUGGAGCCGGCGCUGCGCGCUGUCUGCAAAGACGUCCGCAUCGGCACCAUUCUCAUCCAGACCAACUGCAACACGGGCGAGCCCGAGCUCCACUACCUGCGGCUGCCRAAGGACAUCAGCGAAGACCACGUCAUCCUCAUGGACUGCACGGUGUCCACGGGCGCCGCGGCCAUGAUGGCCGUGCGGGUGCUGCUGGACCAUGACGUCCCCGAGGACAAGAUCUUCCUCCUGUCCCUGCUCAUGGCGGAGAUGGGCGUCCACUCGGUGGCCUACGCCUUUCCCCGGGUGAAGAUCAUCACCACGGCUGUGGACAAGAAAGUGAACGACCUUUUCCGGAUAAUCCCCGGCAUUGGGAACUUCGGCGACCGCUACUUCGGGACGGACGCUCCUCCGGACUGGAGUGACGAGGAAGACGCGCUCAGCACUUAGCUGGACAAGGUGGAGACUGCGGGAGAGAGGCAGCUCCACACGGCACCUUAACCCUUCCCCGCCAUUGCCGAGAUUCCUCCCUCCUCACCCAGCAUAGAUAUUUUUUUCAAAUCGCACAUUGCAGAUCUAGGUCAUAUUUUUUCAAAGAAACACAAAUCCUA